AUGUCAACCUUCCCCGUCGAGCUCCCUUACACCCCAGAACUCUUCUACGACCGUGCCUCCUUCCGCGAAUACAUCAAAACCGCCCCCAUCGUCGCGAAAGAGCCCCCUGUUGAACCGCCAAAGAACACCUUCAUGGACGCCCUUACCAAGCAAGACCCCUUGCUGCCUGAGAACAUGAUGUACACGACCAAAGGAGCGCUCUCUUAUGCGCAAACGGGCUCGGCGCUCGCGGAUGUUUUGGCGUCGGGAGAUGGGAGGAUCCCACAUGAGGAAUUCGAUCAGCUGUUGCACGCCGCAUGGAAGGAGGGGGCUGAAGAUACACUACGGCUCUUUUGGAAUGUACGGAGUAUACACACCGGAAAGGCCAAUAAGUACAUAUUCUACAGAUGUAUGUGCUGGCUUCGAGAGUACCAUCCUCGGACCGCAAUCAUCAACCUUGACUGGAUCGUUCGACCGGUUAUCGACAAGACACCCGACAAGACGGCCAAGAGGAAGGAGGAGGCACGGAAGAGAUCGGACGAGAGCGACGAGGUUAUGGUGAAGAGGGCGGAUCUUGAGGUGAUUGAUGAUGAUGACGAUGUAACCCGGUUCGACCUCAACGACGGCGGUGCUCAUGGUUACUAUGGUGAUCUACUGAAUCUUUUAUUCUUGGCCUCGAAGGACAGAUUGACGUUAGAUUUCAACCCGAAGUCGGAGCUCGAUACCGUGAAGAUGCGUAGGAUUUCAGCGGAUGACAAGAGAGAAUUACGGGAGGAGCUGGGAUGCGCAGCCAACAGAAGGCGGGAAAAAUUGGAGCUCAAGGCGAUGUCCCCGGAACAGCAGAAAGAGCGCCGAGCAGCGAUACUAGAGAAGCACAGACGGAUUCAACAGGAGAAACGUGAGAAGGCCAAGGCACAGAAGCGUGGAAAGGAACAGAGCGACCACGACAGGGUCGUCAAGAUGCUCAACGAAGACCAUUUCUACCGAGCUUUCCACCUCGCCGUCGCUCGCAUCUUUGCCGAACAGAUCAAACGAGAUGAAAAGAUCCUGGAAUCGGGCAAAAAUCUCGGUGCCAUCUCCUUCGCAUCAAAGUGGGCCCCCUCGUUGGAGAAGAGGCUCGACCGAGCCACCACAAUCGCCACCACAAUCGCCGAGCUCAUGUUUACCCCCGAAUCCAUCGGUCAGCAAGGCCAGCCCAGGGAAAUUUAUCUAAAGCACGCCCGUCAACAUUACCGCAAACUCCUCUCGUCCCUCCGGAAGCCCCUCGAGUUGGUGGAGACCAAGAUUUCCGAGAAGAAAUUCGAGGAGAUCAACUACAGCCGGGUGCCUUCCAUAGCCAUGGAUCGGUACAAACCAUUAUUUGCCUACCGAGACCUUGAGCACUUUGAUGAGUAUCUCACCGACGUUGCCAAUGGGAAAGCAAAAAUCUCUGGCGCCACCCUUUUCCCGUCCCUGCUCGUGCGGCAGGCCCGAAUAGCCCAUCAUGAGGACAUGGGACCCCCGCCGGAGCGUUUUCCGGGCCCACGAGAGACCAAAAGACGGCUUGAGAAUCAUAUCGCAUCGAUUGAACUUAAGGUUGUUAGUUUGCAAUGGAAUACCCUCGUGCAGCGGAUCCGUGACUCUGGAACUCUCGAGAGUACUAUUGCAGUGGUGGACGUGAGCGGAUCCAUGGAAUCCACAUGUUUCAAGGAUAAGACGUCUCCCAUGGACUCUGCCCUUGGCCUGGGUCUCCUCAUCGCCCAGAUCACCAAACCGCCUUUCGCUAACCACUUCAUCACAUUCUCUGAGGAACCACAAAUCGUGAAGCUGGAUACGACCAAGAGCUUUGGGGAUUUGAUCUCAGAAAUGGAGAACUCCGAUUGGGGAAUGACCACCAAUUUCAACAGUGUCUUUGAAGAUCUUCUUCUACCCAUGGCAAUCGCCAAUAAGGUCCGUCCCGAGGACAUGGUGAAGCGUCUCAUCGUGUUCUCCGAUAUGGAAUUCGAUGAGGCACUGAAAUCUGAUGGAGCAGAGGAACCUGAUGGAGCGCAGGAGCUCUUGAAAUUCUCAACCAACCACCAACGCGUCAAGCAGAAAUUCGAAGAAGCGGGCUAUGAGAUGCCGGAGAUUAUUUACUGGAACCUUGCCGGCAGCGGAAGAGGUCCCAAGCCGGUUACGACUGAGGAUGCGGGCGUCGCCAUGGUUAGCGGGUACUCGCAGGCCAUGUUGAAGGUCUUUCUGGAGGACGGCGGCUUUGAGGAUCCGGAGGUGGACGGGGAUUUGGAGGUCGUUGGCAAAGAUGGAGAGACAAGGACCGAGAAGAAAAAGCUUGAUAUCAUGACUACGGUCAAGAAGGUUGUUGGACACAAGAGCUAUGCCAUGUUGGAGGUCGUGGAUUGA